GGGCUGCCAGCGUUGCUGGCUCUGGCUCCGACGGCUCGACCAUCCAGGCCAUCACCAGGGUUCCCGUCAACAGACGUCAGUAUUUGUGCGUCGGAGGUUAUCAGUGCACGGAUGGCUUGGAGAGUGCAAAUGAUUUGAUGCAGGUUCUCUCAGAUUCACGUAUCACAGUCGUGAAGGAGGUUUUUUUCAGCUACGUGGACCGCGUAACUAUCGAGUUCGACACCUCUCAGAAGAUGUGGGGUUGUUUAGUGGCCAUGAAAGGCAAUGAGUUCGCGUCCAAGCUGGCGGGCGAGAGUCGGUCGCAGGACUCUCGUCGCGCCGACCAUGCGCAACUGCGGCGCGCCGUCGGCAAGUACCCCGAGGAGUUGACGUGUCAGAACCGAGCCACGCACGCCAACAACCUUCUCAAGGCAACCAAUAGCAAGAGGCGCUUGUCCGCGGACUUCAUGCCGCGCGGCCCGUCGAGGAUCCUGAUGCGCAACUUCCCGUCUUGCAACCUGGAGGUCGUCGCCGAGGGCCAGCAGUGGCUGACGGCGAACGGGAUCGAGCUGGACUUGGCCCAGCAC